AUGGUACGAUGCGCGGACUGUGGAAAGCCGAUCAAUACCAUUUACAACGGCAAGCGCUCGUCCAGCUGGACAUACCUCGAGGGUAAAGACAAUGUCGCGGUGAUGGCGGGAACACAUGCGGCCAAGGUGAUUGUAGAGGGCAACAAGGCCGUGGGCGUGGAAGUCGUCGGUCCAGAGGGGCAGCGACUCUCGCUGAGGGCCAAAUGCGAGGUCAUUUUGUCACUAGGUGUCUACGAGUCGCCCAAGCUGCUCAUGCUGUCAGGUAUCGGGCCCAAGGAAACCCUCAAGAAGCACGGCAUCAAGACACUGGUCGACUCUCCCCACGUCGGGCAGAACCUGCUCGACCACCCGAUCAUGCCGUACGCCCUGCGCCUCAAAGACGGCGUCGGGCUAGACAACCACCUCCUGCGCGCCGGCCCCGAGAAAGCGGCCGCGCUGGCAGCCUACGAGUGGAAGAACAAGGGCCAUUUGACCAGCGGGCUGUUGGAGGUCAUAGGCCUGCCGCGGAUCGACGCGCGACUGGAGAAAUACUCCGAGUGCGUCGCAGCGAAGGAAGCCAACGGCGGCAAGGACCCCUUUGGACCGGCGGGCCAGCCUCACUUCGAGGUCGAUUUCGUGCCCAUGUUCUGCGACGCCUUCCAGUGGCACUUUCCCACGCCGCCCCAGGGCGACUACAUGAGCAUCAUCGUGGACCUGCUGCGACCGCAGUCGAAGAAUGGGGUCGUGACGCUGCGGUCGACUGAUCCCCUGGACCAGCCUGACAUUAGCCUCAACUUCUUCUCCGACAAGCUUGAUCUGAUGGCGAUGCGCGAGGGUGUACGCGAGAUCUAUGAUAUCCUCUGCAAUGGUGAGGCAAUGAAGGAUCUGGUGCAGGGCGAGUUCCCCUGGGCGAUGCCGCUUACUAGCGAUGAUGCCAUGGACAGGCAGAUCCUCGAGCGGUCGCAGACUGGCUUUCAUCCCUGUGGCACCACACGCAUGAGCAAGGACGUGAAUGGCGGCGUCGUCGAUGGCAAGCUCAAGGUCCAUGGCAUCGACAACCUCCGUGUCAUCGACGCCUCAGUCAUCCCAGUGAUUCCGGACUGCCGGAUCCAGAACGCGGUGUACAUGGUAGCCGAGAAGGGAGCCGAUAUGAUCAAGGCCGCGUACCCUUAG